AUGGCUUUCUGGAUCCCACUCUUUUUACUUCUCUCAAUUUUUUCAUUCCAAAGUUCAUUUUCUUUAUCGUCAUUGAACAUGGGCUCCUCCCUCUCAGUGGAGAAGCCUGAAGAAGACGUUAUUGUCUCCCAAAAUGGAGUGUUCUCUGCAGGCUUCUUUCAAGUUGGGGAAAACGCAUAUACCUUCGCCAUAUGGUUCACGGAGCCUCGCACCAUCGUUUGGAUGGCAAAUCGUAACCAACCCAUCAACGGAAAGCGCUCAAAGCUUUCACUAUCAUACAGUGGUAACACUGUCUUGGUUGAUGCAGGUGAAAGCAACACGUGGUCUUCAAACACAGCAUCACAAGCCCCAACACAGUUGUAUCUUAGAGAUGAUGGAAAUCUUGUGUUACAUGAACUGCCAAGUACGAAUAGCAUUUUGUGGCAAAGUUUUGAUUUUCCAACUCAUACUCUCCUUCCCGGUCAACGUCUUAGUGCAUAUACACAACUUGUGUCUUCUAGAAGCCCAAGUAACCAUUCCUCUGGUUUCUAUACGUUGUUCUUUGGUGACAACAACGUUCUUAGUCUUGUUUAUCAUGGUCUUGAUGUUUCAAGCACUUACUGGCCACAAACUUGGUUACUACCUCGGCAAGUUGGAAGGUUUGAUUACAAUAGCAACAGAGAUGCAGGGUUGGAUUCUCUUGGAAUUUUCACUUCAUCCGAUAAUUAUAAUUUUUCCACUAAUGAUCAUGGCACGCUGAUGCAAAGGAGAUUAACACUGGAUUCUGACGGCAACGUUCGUGUGUAUAGUAGACAUAAUGCCUCCAAGAAUUGGUACGUUUCAUGGCAAGUCAUAUCAGAUGCUUGCACCAUUCAUGGAAUUUGUGGAGCUAACAGUACCUGCAGUUAUUAUCCUGAAGGGAGAAGGAGAUGCUCGUGUUUACCAGGGUACAAACUAAAGAACCAUAGUGAUUGGUCUUAUGGGUGUGAACCCGUGUUUCAUCUUACUUGCUAUAGAAAUGAGUCUACCUUUUUUAAGAUGCAAGGUGUUGAGUUUUAUGGUUAUGAUAGUAAUUAUGUCCAAAACAGUACUCACGUGAAUUGUGUGAAUUUAUGUUUACAAGAUUGUAACUGUAAAGGGUUUCAAUAUAGAUAUGAUAGGAACAAAGGCUUUAGCAGCUGCUUUACAAAGUUACAGUUGCAGAAUGGAAGGCGCUCACCUCGUUAUAAUGGAGCAAUUUACAUGAGAGUGCCUAAAAAUACUAAGAUCUCCGAGGAAGAAUUUGAGAGUGCAUGUGAUCAUUUAUGUUUCGUGGAGCUUCACAGGGAUAAAAAACAGGUAAGCCGUUUGGUAUGGUUGCUUCUGUGGCUAGCUAUAGCAUUUGGAGCUAUAGAAAUAGUUUGCAUUUUGGUGGUUUGGUGUGUAUUAAGUAGUAACCGCCAAAAGAUUGGUGUAGAUGAGCAAGGCUGUCGCCUUUCUGCAGUAGGAUUCAAAAAAUUCAGUUAUUCUGAGUUGAAGAAAGCCACAAAGGAGUUCAGUGAAGAGAUUGGAAGGGGAGCAAGUGGGAUUGUAUACAGAGGUAUUUUGUCAGAUCAAAGACACGCAGCAAUAAAGAGACUCAACGAAGCUAAACAAGAAGAAGGGGAAUUCCUUGCAGAAGUGAGCAUCAUCGGAAGGCUUAACCACAUGAACUUGAUUGAAAUGUGGGGAUAUUGUGCUGAGGGAAAGCAUAGGUUGUUGGUGUAUGAGUAUAUGGAAAAUGGUUCAUUGGCAGAAAAUCUCUCAUCUAGCAGCACACUUGAUUGGAGCAAGAGAUAUGAGAUUGCUCUUGGAACGGCUAGAGUUCUAGCUUAUCUACACGAAGAAUGCCAAGAAUGGAUUUUGCACUGCGACAUAAAGCCUCAAAACAUUCUUCUUGAUGGUAAUUAUCAGCCCAGGGUAGCUGAUUUUGGCUUCUCUAAGUUACUGAACAGAAACAACCUCAAUAAUUUAAGCUUCUCAAUGAUAAGAGGAACGCGAGGUUAUAUGGCACCAGAGUGGGUUUACAAUUUACCGAUUACCUCCAAAGUGGAUGUUUAUAGCUAUGGAAUUGUUCUCUUAGUGAUGAUAACUGGGAAGAGUCCUACAACGGAUGUUGAAACAGUUGAUGGAACAGAGGCAUGCAACGAGAGGCUGGUAACAUGGGUGAGAAAGAGAAAAAGGAGCACAUAUUGGGUGGAGCAAAUCAUGGAUCCUGCAAUUGGUCCAAAUUAUGAUGCAAGUAAGAUGGAAAUUUUGGCCAGAGUUGCUUUGGACUGUGUAGAGGAAGACAAAGAAGCAAGACCCACCAUGAGGCAAGUGGUUGAGAUGCUGCAAAGCCAUGACAGCAAUAUAGAGUGA